AUGCUCACAUUGACUCAAAUGCUCACAUUGACUCAAAAAACAUUAAAAAAUUUUUCUUCGUCUUAUUUUGCCUCUUUGCCCGUUCUUCAUGGAAUGGAUGCUGAAAUCGCUACUUAUGACACACGAUUUAUAACUGCUGCCGCUGCUAUUGUUGUCCAACGUCUCUAUGCGUGGAUGCUGGUUACUCGUUUUUUGAAAGAUA